AUGGGCGUGGGCGGCUCUGCAGGUCGAGGUCGGCUCAUCGCCGUCGUGUGGAAUGUGAGGAUCCUCCAGGUAAACACAUGUAUGUGCUGGACCUUCAGAGAAAACCUCCGAGGUGAAGGAAACCCUGAUGCUAAACAAGCCAGACUCACAGCUGUUUGAGAAACAGACUAGAAAAUACAACAUUCAGGUUCAGGGGCAGGAGCUCGUUUUUACCUUUUCUUCAUUUUCGUCUUUUCCCAGUCAGCUUGACGUAUCUCAGGGUGUUGGUGUGACUUCUGUGGUUCACCAGUUUUCAGGCCUCUCAGCCAGGUCGCUCUGACUCGAAGAAUCGUCUUCAUGUUUCUGUCACGACCUCCGGAGAACUGAUCGUAUUUCACACAGCUGGUCGGUUUGUAGAAAUGUAUCGACACGGCUGUGCUUUACAAUCGAUAUAGAAAUUGGCAUAGGUGUGAGUUUUAAAGGGAUAUUCCAGCAUUUUAGAGGCAGACUCAUGAGUUACGUGUCACUGCUAAGCGUGUAAGCCACAAUACCACCCGAUUUGUACUGCGCAUGAGUGAAACGUACACCACUUCCUCUCUCGGCAUUUCAAUGUAUUUUACGGCAGUGAGUCGUCACCUACCCGAUCUGUACUGCGCAAAUUUACUUCACCUUAAAAACUUUAUUUAAACUGCCGAUCAAUUCAGAAACAAGCUGGUGAUGUGACAGGCUAGCUAGCGGGAGGUUCCAGGGCUAAUGCCGAGGUGUUCACCAGAGCUCCUGCCCAGCAUGGUGAGACCUUUUGGGCCACAGAGCGCGCCGCCACCUGGUCAAAUUCAUGGAUCUCUGACUUUUCAAAGUAUCAAGGAAGGAUUUAUUUUAAUAAUUAAAUUUAUUAACGAGAAGCCGACACAUUAUGGACAAUGAAUUUCAGCGUUUUUAUACAGUGUACAAUUUCAACACUGAAAUAUUCACGUUCAUUCAAGCCUUUUAUUUUAGCUGGAGUAGGAACCUUUAAUCGUAAAACUGGGCGCCAUUCUCUUGACUUUCCGGCGCUCUGCUACAGUCGGGCUCGCUGAUGCUGUCGAACAAGCGUCGAAGCUGUCGCAAUCCGCGAGGGGUGAAGAAUUGCUGAGCUGUCGCAAAGAUGGCGAAUAGAGGAAGUGACGUACAUUUCGCACAUGCGCGGUACAAUCUGGGAAAGAUCAGGUAGCGACAAUGGAAACCACAACGCGAGCUAGGCCACAGUUUUCCCCCUCGUAAUUUAGCUCAUUUCAAGACGUUGUGACCCAAACACUCGUCCUCUGCUCUCCUGAGAAACUUUUCCAUCAGACGUCUCUUUUUGUUUUACAUCACAGAUGUGCAAAAAUACCCAAAAAUAUUCAAAAAACUGAAAUUUUCCUCUCAGUUUUCCCACACAGGUACAUUUAAGCGCAUAAAGUCUGAAUAAAUCCAGCAGAUGUUGUAACUUAAGAAAGUUAAUAUGGGUAAAUAUUAGCAGGGACUACUUAAUGUGUGAGUAAGAGAGAGGAAGGGGUGCACGGCCGAGUGUUUACCCUCGCUGCAGAUGUGUGUGGGACGUCUCUCUGAGUGCGUGAGUGUUUAUUAACCUGUCUGCACAAAUGUGUACAUUAGUCGGAUUUUUACCAAAUGAGUAAAACGAGGCCACUUCAGCUCGACAGGAAAUCAGCCCAGCUCUCAGACUCACACGCUGCCUACAUGUUAUUUUAAGCCCAAAUUACACAUCAUCUGAUAUCCGUCCUAAAUGGCUUUUCCAGCUCCACUGCUCCAGAGUGUUCGGAGGUAGAAGGACAGCAGUAAAGAGGGGCCAACAGGUUUAGCAGCCGUAAAAAGAAAAGGAGGGAAAAAAAGAGAAAGACAAGGCCAGCUCCACUCAGUUUAGGGAAACCUGCCAAAUCCCCAACUCCCAGAGAAAGAGAGGAAAAGGCCCCGGUACCUCAGACCUGCUGCUGGGCUACCUGUCUCUGUUUCGAGCAUUUACACUCGCAGCUGCAGAGCUGCAGAGGAAGCCGAUCCUCUGAAAUGUUCAGGAUCAUAUUUACAGAAGAGACUGGAUAGUUACACAGCUCUAUUUCAGCCGUGGAAGAACGAUAAAUACACUUCAAAAUGUGCUAAUGUGAGAGCGAACGGGAUAAGGUCAACAUGUGGGUCAAAGUCGGCGAACUGGACGGCUCAGUUUGCAACUUAUUAACAGGGAUAUGAGCAUAGUUCACUCUGGAGACGGGGAGAUGUGAGUGAGCAAAGUUUGACAGCAGCUGGAGUCGAAUUUGCAGCAAAUUACACUCAUGAUUCGUCCGAAAGCGGCGUGCACGCUGCUUUAAUGAAGGACAGAGCGUAUUUGUCUAAACGGAGUCGUCACACACUGCACAGCGGUCGUAUUUGGAGAGUGUCAGCUCUGUACGCCACCAAGGCCAAACACUAAUGGCUGUCAACAUGGCUCCGUUUCCCACCUCCUCACUGUUUCUACCCUCCGAACAGCCGCGAUGACAGGCUCCCUCUGAGUCUGCUCGUAAACCACAGCCGACAGCUCCGAGGUACGAGCGCCGCGAGGCUGUCGUCACAGCUCUUAAUGAAUCCUCGGGUCUGUGCCGGACCAGAGGAGGCCGAGAGUCGGAGUUUACCGGGGAGAAGACGUCAUCGGCGCUGAAGAAAGAGUGUAAUUAUAAACACGCCGCUGCUGUUUCCAGGGGUGGAGGUUUAAGAGCGGGCCUCCUGUCGCUGCAGGGUCUCAGUGACGCCCGCAGAACAAGCAGCAAUUUAGACGGACUUAGAGAAACACCCUGA